GCUGCCUGAGAAACUAGGAGAUAUUUGCUGAUCGAGAGUUGACCGCCUUCCAGGUGGAGUAAGUAUAGAGCGCUGCUUAUUUCGGACGAGAAAGCUGCCGUUUGUGGACGCAUUCGUCGGCGACUCGGGACGAAGUUCUCGAAGGGAGCAAGAGGAUGCGUAGUAGUAGUUAAGACUUGCAUGCCACUUCGACCACUUGUGGCGCCUUGGCUGACUGGACUGUUCGAUUGACUCCCACCCUAACGCAAUAAUGAUGCUUCGCAAGACCGGCGUGACAGCGACGGGCCAAGACAGUUCCUUCCACGAAGCCUCGCCCGACAGCGUCGCCACAUUGUCGUGUCAAAGGGGCGAAUCGCUACGGUCACGGUGGUAAGAUGAGACAUCGCCGCAUCGGAAAUGGUGUCCCCAGCCGAAGACGAAUGCCCGAAGGCCGGCAUUCGUGUUCAGAAACUGCGCAAAAGACUUCGGGACCUUCGUGAGAGGGCCGUCGCUUCCGGUCUGUCCGACGAGGAUGUUUCGGAGAUCGCUGCCGAAGAAGCGGCGCUAGCGACGAACGCCGCCGUCCCACCAGGCGAACGACUACUGGUCAAAUGGGCCGUCGUCGUUGCCGCCUUGGCGUACGCCUUCUUCAGGGACGGCGUGCCGGACCUGACUCACUACCACUGCCUCGUGGACGCCGGAGCCGUCUUCAGAGAGUUCACGCGACCCGUGCUCUCGUGCGACUUCUGUCGCGAGCCGACGCGGGUGACGGAGUUGACGGACAUGAGCAAGGAGGAGUUCCAGCGACUCGGCUACGCCGACAAGCCGAUCGUGCUGCGGGGCGCCGCGGCGCACUGGAAGGCGAUGAAGACCUUCAGCUACGCCUUCCUUCGGGACGUCUACCUCAACACGACCGAUGCGUUCGAAGAGAGCCGCCGCUACUGCCAGUUCCUGAACGCCGCCACCGACUUCGUAGACCUGGAGGACUUCUUCUCCAUGCCGGACUCGAGGGUCAACAUGUCGGGACACGAAGAAGAGACGUGGUACGUGGGAUGGAGCAACUGUGACCAGCGGAUUGUCUCAGUUCUGAGGGAGCACUACACGAGACCCAACUUCUUCCCCAACGAUUCUGAAGCGAGCAUCGUCGACUGGAUAUUUAUCGGAUACGCAGGACAAGGACUCAGACCACAUCUGGACUACGUCCUCCGUCCAUCGUGGCAGGCCCAGAUCCGGGGAUCAAAGACCUGGACGCUGACACCGCCGCCAGAGUGCGAGUCUGCGUGCGUGCCCUCGCUGAAGGUCACCGUGCGGCCCGGCGACAUCAUACUGGUCAACACCAACCACUGGUACCACAGCACGUUGGUCGAACCGGGUGAAAUGAGUAUCACCAUUGGAUCGGAGUAUGACUGAGGCAUGCCCGGCGGCACCGAGUACCCGUGUCACGAGGGCAUUAGUAACGACGUUAAGCGCUCAAUGGGUCGAAGUUUAAGUGCCACUUGUCCGGUGCCGCACGGGCGUGCCCUUUCAUUCGCAAAUUGAUUGAUAUGUGUGGGGUUUAACGUCCCAAAACCACCAUAUGAUUAUGAGAGACGCCGUAGUGGAGGACUCCGGAAGUUUCGACCACCUGGGAUUCUGCCUCCAUCGGAAAUGCAGCCACCGCAGCCGGGAUUCGAACCCGCGACCUGCGGGUCAGCAACCGAGUACCUUGGCCACUAGACCACAGCGGCGGGGCUUUCAUUCGCAAAUUACCCACUGCGGUCAUGAAGUUUCAUUGUGAAACACUAGAAGUAAAUUUGGUGCUAGGGUCCAAAAGCUGCAGUGCGUAGCGCUUCAGCUGAACUUUCGUUCUUUUGGCUUAGUGUGUCUUUUAAUUGCAAAGCGCUUUAUGGGGCUGGGCUGUCGUGUGUCGUCGUCGUCGCCUGGCGUAGCGCUCCAUCUGUAGCAUGCACGCCAAGGAAAAGUCUUCCUGUCCUAGUUCUCAGAAUGCCGUGACGAUGAUUACUUAUCAUCAGCAGCAAAAAAAAAAAAAGACUAGUGCGCUUGGUGUAAGCAGGAAAAACUACGUUUGAAAAUAGAAAAAGGAAGGGGAAAUAGGAAGAAAAAGAGAAAGCGCAACGAGGAGAAAAAAAGACAAAACAAAUAUAAAAAAAGAGGAGGAAAAGAAAGAUACAAAGGAAAAAAGGACCACCGCCCUGCUCCGGGCUUACGUCAGGCUUAGCACCCCAAGUGUAUACUUGCCUUAAUUGUUUUGCUUUUAAAACUGCUAACUGUCCAGGAAGUUUAGCUGUUCAACUUGCAAUCUAGUCUUUUUAGGCUCACUGAUUCAAGUCGGCUUAUGAGGUUCAUAAUGAGCCAUUAUAUUGUCGAAAACAAACGCCAUAACGUAACAAUGAACGGAGCCACAAGGGCACUCAGAGCUGCAGGUUCGAAGGCUAGGCAAAUUGCUCCGCUACCCGUCAUUCCCCCGGUGGCUGAACCAUUGCGGCGCCAUAGUUUCCUCUAGUAAAUAUUCUAGAAGACCCUAUGGCUGUGCACUCAAGCCUUAUCACAGCAGUCACAUCUGCCACGAAAAUACUUCGUUAUAUUUGAAAAUUUGCUGUAAGCAAUUAGUUGUGACACUGUAUCUCUGGUAAAGAUGUUGAUCACUUAAGUUGUUAUAACCGAUAAUUCAUUACAUUUGAAUUCAUUACAUCCCAGUGUUAAAACGAUUAUUUGUGAUGCUGUAUCUAUAGUAAAGCUACUGGUCACUUACUCCGUUAUAAUCAAUGAUUUGUUGUAUCUGAAUUUGUUAUAUGAAAUUCUAAAAAAGAUUAUUUGUGACACUGGUGUCUAUGGUAAAGCUAUUAGUCAUUAACUUCAUUUUAAUCGAUAAUGUGAUAUAGCCGAAUUCCUUGUAUCGAGGCUUGAGUGUGGUAGCUUAGCAGGCUGAAGUGUUGCACUGCUGAGCUUAAUAUCGCUGGCUCAAUACCCGGCCACAAUGACAGCUUUCUGAAGGAAUCCAAAAUGCAGCAACACCCGUGUGGGUGGAUUUAAGUGCACGUUCAAGGGGUACUGACACCUUUUCCGGAGGCGAGUUUACUCUGCCAUACGAAUCUCCUUUUACAGAGAUGGCUCUGAGCAAGUGUGACACUCAGAAAAUGUUAAGAUGUUUCAUUUUGAUAGCAAGGCAAAUUUGCUCGUGGCGCACCUACUGAGAUUGACAAUAACUUGACGUCAAGCUACAGUACUGAUGUUGGUGACUUUACGCAGCUCUCUGGCUAGUUGCGAUGACAUCAAGCACCAAAAGAGAAAAAAUGGCAGCUUGCGCGUUGCUUUCUUUACUUAUGCUGUGCGGUUGUGCUGUCCGUUGUUGACAGUGUGACAGUUGUUAUACGAAGCAGCCGGUCGAAGCGACGCCCGGGCGAAGAUACGCCACAAAAACUUCCAUUGCUCAUACCAUGUCGUGACGUCAGGGUACAGUAGGAACUGAAACUAACUUCGCCAAAAAUGCUGUGAUUAAUUUUUCAGGCCGCACUCAUGCAUGCUUAUCGAUGUAUUUUCUGUGCUAUCGAGGGAUUGGCCUAUCAUUUUAUGGAAAAAAAUGGGGAGUGAAAAAUUUCAUUUAGUACCCCUUUAAAGAACCCCUAGUGAUGAAUACUAUGGCAGAUGACUUGACAUUCAAUGACUGCAUUCGCUGCAGCUUUUGACACAAUGGAAUUGGGGGCUUCAUGUGCUCGACUCCUAAUGGGCAUUAACCUUACCCAUGUGGCACGAGUAUUAUGCUAGUUGACGCCAGCCACCAGUACCAGGACACACUGGUUGGCAUUUUUGGCUUACGUUAUUGCUGUCAGAAGAGGGCACAGUUUAAGUGUGCCUAAUGUUUAAAGUUGGCUACAGCAACUGUACUGUAGUGGUACUGUUGUGGCACAUUAGAGUGGUUACUAUGCUAUUUUUAAAUAGCUUUCUAUCGCCAUGUUGGCGCAGAACUAGCUCAAAUGUCGGCAAAAGCUUUUAAGGGUUUAACUCUGGAAUCAGCUUAAAGGGGUCCUGCAACACUUUUUCAGCAUGGUCAGGAAAUGCUACCGGAAAUGCACGCAAGCCUAACUUAUGACAGUGCAGUGGUAGGCAGUCAUUGGAAGUUCAGAAUCGCUCACACAUUCGAGGGAAAGCGAUAUCGCCAACUGCAAGAAUGCAGCAUACCACCAGUAUGGAAAUGUCCCAACAUCCGUUUAUAAAUAACGAACAUCUUCUCUCAUAGAGCGAGCUGGCAUGCAGUUUUGCGCAGCUCCACCGCAGCUCCCAUGCUCCUCUUCAUUUUUGGGUCACCAGCACCUCCAUUACCACUCCCUUUUUCCCUACAGUGCUGGCAAUAUGGAGAGCCUAAAUCUGUGCAUCUUUUAGCUUGGCAAGUGUUUGCCAAUUAAAGUGUGUCACAAUGUGCCACUGGUACAUACUGCUUAUAAAAAAAAGGGACAGUAAAGGCAGGCAUUGAAUCAAUCUAAAUAUCGUUAGGAUAUCAAUUUAUGCUAUACAGGCGACUUGAUUCCAGAAAGCGAUCAGAACUUGAAAGGAACUGCGGAAUCAUUUUGCAAACCUAUUUGCCCAUGACAAACAUCCAAUACAUAGCCCCAGUGCAUUGUGCCAAGGAUCUUGGACUUCUUUCUCUGCCAGGUUCUGUGGCCUUUCUCGAGUCAAAUGUAUGCACAUAGAGGGCAGCACAGUCCUUCAAACCUAGUCCGCCUCUGUGGAUCAGUGGCUAGGGUGCUCGGCUGCUGACUUGAAAGUUUCAGGUUCGAUCCUGGCCGCGGUUGUUGCAGUUCAAUGGAGGCGAUACGGUCGAGGCCCGUGUACUGUGCGAUGUGGGUGCACGGUAAAGAACAUCAGAUGGUCUAAAUUUCCAGGGCCCUCCACUACGGCGUCUCUCGUAAUCAUAUCGUUGUUUUGGGACGUAAAACCCCACAUAUUAUUGUAGCCCUUCGAACCUAGCCCACAGAGAAAUUUCUGCAAAAGUUGAGCUUGUAGUGAUUUGUGCUCUGCUAAACCAGUUAAAUUGGUGUAUGCAACGUCUUCUUUAAUGUUAACGUGUGGUCUGACCUCAAUGUUUGAGUCAAUGAUAGGCAACUUGCUUGUUAUCUUGCUCAUUUAUCUUCUUUUCUUUUUGCAUAAACAAUUAAACAAGCCCUACCUGUUGGGCCGCAUCAUCCGCAAACUUGCUUUCACAAAAGGAGCACAUUGAAUCAUGAGCGCUGCUGCAGGCGACACAUGAAACUCCACGAUGGAGGUUUUGCAUGCAUAUGUACACAUGGCCCUGCCAAGAUGGCCGAGCUUCUGCAAGACACUUGACGCUGGGUGACCCAUUCCUAAAUAGUAUUGCGUGCGUUUGGAUGGUAUCACAGCAAAUGGAAGAGUGGCAGGAGCAGUUGUCCUGGUCUGCCAACUUGCGCAUCGCUUAAAAUUUUAAUGUGCAGUCUUCCGUUUUAACUGGCUUUGACGACAUCUGCAGAGAAGCAUUGCACAUAAGGAUAUUGCAUAUUGUUUCCAUUGUUUUUAUAGUCGCAGCGUCGGCCCUGUGUUCACGUUUUUUCUAGUGCAUGUGCCGAAAUGCGGUUUUUGGUAAAAGUGAAUUGAAGACACCGCAAAGGAGUAACUGUAAUCCACCGCUCUAGCUUGAUUUAAUGCCUGCUUUUAGUGUCCCUUUGUCUAGAAUGAUGCCUUAUGCACUGUUAAGACACAUUGUCUUGAAGCACAAGUCCCAGUCUUUCAUGCGUGUUUGUAGCAGAGACCGUGCUGUUGCUGUGCUGUAAACAUGUAGCAUGCCAAAAUGUUGAGUAGAGUUUGCAGAGGGUUACAUUAGCAUUGUAUUGCUCAGUAUAUGUGGACUGUUUCAAGUAUGAAACUUACGGGUUCAGCAUUUUAGUAGAAUGUGCGAACCUGUGUGUCUGGAUCAUGUGGUGCGCAGUUAAGUAGUUUAGCCAGUAGGGCAUUGCUUGGUUAGGUAGCAUAGUGCUUUAAGCAGUUGUCUUCCAUGGAUUUUUUUCUGGUGACAUUUAGAGUAGACAGAUGCUUCCAUUCUUGCAACAGCUGCAAUUACGACAACGAGAGUUACACCAACUUCCGGUUGUAGUGGUGUGGAGACGCAAGUGGAAGCCGUUCUAACUCUGUGCCGAAAGUCCUGCUUCUCGUUAUCUCUCGACGAUGGGGCUUUCCCUAGCAGAAAUCAAGCCCUUGACUGACGGUCAAGGCUAUCUCGCUAUUGAGUCUCAUUAAUGUUUUGUGCGCUCCCAGGCGUGCGUUCUGAUGCAAUAAGUCUGUGGCAGAGACCGAGCUUUAUGCCCGACUUGUCGGGCUUCGGCAAUAACUAGGUAUGAAACUGUUACUUUGUUACUGUAUGAACUGUUUCGUACACUUGAGCCUAGUUAUAACGAAGUCACAUUUGAUGCAAAGACGUUUGUUGUGUCCAUCAAUUUGUUAUAUUUGCGUUCGUUAUGCGGAAGUCUGAGUAUACUGGUAUUUUUUAUAUCUAGUCCUUUUGUACCAAAGUACUAUUGCACGGCUGCUUCAACAGCUGACCACCUGGCAUACAGCACGUGCACUUGUCAAAAUGUAUUUAAUUUUGAAGCAGUGUAUUUUUUGAAAGUGUAGAAUUUUUUAUAAAUGUUGUCAAGGUAUUUCGUGCACGCGAAUGUUGAUGCGGUUGUUUUUUUGUCUUUCUAUCGCCACUUAACAGAGCUGGCCUCGGCCUUAACGUGAGGGGCCCAAAAGUGCGUCGACAUUUCUUUGUCGCUUUCUACAUUCGGAAUUUCGAUGGGCAGACCACGGCCCUUGAUGUUCGGCGCUCAAUGCAUGUCACGUGUUUUGGAUUGAUGGCGUUUUGUUAUUUGCACGUUAUAUGUCCACAACAAGGAUGCAUUCACCUUGUGGUCAAUAUUCUUACAAUAUUGCCAGAAUGUCGGGUAUUAUGCUGCACGUGCACUAAUUUCAAUGUUUAGCGAUGUUGUGUAAGUUGUGGCCGUACAUACGUACACAGUAUCCACGCUCACUAACGCACACUUUCGAUAUGAAGUGUUAUAGACAAGGCUUACUAAUAUAUAGAAUCGGCCAGUAAUCAUUCCACAUAAUAGUUAUAGUGAACUAGCUACAUGUAGACUUCUCAAAAUAACGUCUUUCACUACUUCUACUCCUGAUAGCAUGCUGAAAAGCGUCACUGCAGAAAAAAAAAGAGAAAGAGAGAGAGAGAGAGAAAGAUUACACUAACUUUGUAUCGUGCCAAUACUGAAAAGAAGAAGAGAAGGCUCAGGAACGUACAAAAUCUGCAAGCACACGUCCAGACUUAAAGUGGGACACCAAUUUCACUAGGCAUCUGCACGGACGUGCUUUCUUACGUCUGGUUUUCGUAACACACCCCUAAAAUCUGUGCUGAACAGGUUGCUGGAUGCAUCUUACUUUCUUAUUGUCUGUGAACCUUUUGGGGAUAUUUGUCGCAUUAGUAGUGCUGAUAAGGUUAGUUCAUCCAUUCGCAGCAUAAAAGCGAAACCUGAGGCGCAGUUUCGGUUCAACCGACUUUUGCAUAAACGGGAGUGCUACCGUUCCACAUUUAGCAAAUUAGUACAUCAAAGAAGGCGAGAAAAGUGAGGAAAAUCUGACAUCGUUUGACUCGAGAACGACACUUAGCAUGUUGAUACGUCUGACAUGCUUGCCUUUUCUGCAUGAGGAAGGUGCUAGCAAGUCGCUCUCCGUACAGACGGGUAUUGGAGUAAUAGCGCCACGACACGUCGUCACGACAUCAGCCAGGACAUUUUGAGAGCCUUCUUUAGGAUACGAUUUCAGUUUUCAGAAGGCACAUGCCUGAUCAUUUACCGAAGAGUUACGAUCCAUAAGACGAAAUUAAAUACAAAUGAAAGAUUUAGAAAAAAAACGACCGAUUGGAACCCGUUCCAGAUGGGAAGAGUUGGAAGUGGGACGCGAGCUCACUAUGCUGCCGUUUUUCGGAAGACGUGAAGGUUUCGUAACAUUUACGUUGGCAUUUCUCACUCGACUACAACCUUGAUGGCAGACAUCAAAGCAGUAGUAAUACACGUACAAGUCAACUCUAACAGGUUUACAUUCGGCUAGUUCAUUAUAUCGACAACACAUUUUUCUCAGGCGACUUGCAUGAAACAUUUUGUUUGAUACGUUCAAGAUUUCAAUGUUCACAAACACUUGCAUUUUUUGAGCAAUCUUUGUGAUGACAGAGCACUCAAAGCAAUAAUGCGUUUGUUCAGUCAAGUUCAGACUGAUAUGGAGUAUAUGUGUUUAUGCUGCAACACAAGUGCUUUUAAAUGUCGCUACAGGGAUUUGUACAGCCAUGUGCCUUUUGUGAAGUCUUUGCUAUUUUCUUGUGUAAUGAAUGGUUGGCUGCUAGGUUGACAUGCUGCAAUUUACACUGUGAACUGUUUAUAUGCUAAUAUAUUGCUGUUCAUCAAGGGCAAUUUACGGAACAGCAAACAUGGUGCACACUGGAAAUGUUGCGGUUAUCGCAUGUGUAGCCGUGCGGCAGAUUGUGCUUCCGUAUCCCAGGAUGAGAUUGUUCCCUGCCCCAAAACUUUGUAUUGAAGUUUAAACACUUUUUCAAUGUACCGGUAUUGCCGUUUACCAACUUCACUUGUUCAUUAUCAGCACUUCUUGUAUUGCACAUGUUUUCCUAUGCAAACAAACCUUUUAAUUCAGGGUUUGAAACAUUGGGGCAGCAAUAACUUUACGCUCACUGAAGGCCAGCCACUGUAUGUGUGCAUCUAAAGUUAGGCUAAGAAAUGCCCUGUUGAGUUUGUGUGGUUGUGAAAUUACUACACUUGGCACGUGCUAAUGGGAGAAAUCGUGCAAAUCUGGAUUGCAGCAAAAGUUGCAACGUAUUGCCCUAAGAGAGUCUUUGGGCAUUCGAGCAUAACUUGUUCAUUCGUGAUCCGAAAUAGUCAUACGACUGAAGCGGAAAGAAAGGUCUUCUCAUUACGAGGCCCACAGUAAUGUCCUUGCCCCCUCUUGGGUUGUGUGUCGUGUUAUAGAACAGUAAGCAAGUCGAAGUCUGGUUCAUCUUCAAGAGAGACUUGUCUGCGGAUUUCUAAAAAACACUUUAUUCAUGGCUGAAGUCUGUUGCGCACUUUAGUUGGAAGUCUGUUCAGCUGCAAGUAGUUUCCUCUAAGCAACUUUUAUUAGAGAAUUGCUCCAAGUGACAAUUUCAAAAGUUCAAUGCAUAAUGUGGCAUUUUAACUAUAUACUGUGUGAAAGUGAGUGGCAUAAAAAAUGUGUUAUUUUCUUUUGCGCUAGUCUCUUCUUGCUGUACAACAGGCCUACCUCCCGAAAUUACUGCUUUUUCCUGUCAGCUUGGAUUCGCGCUUUGCAUUUUUUGAAAGAAAUAUACUUUCUUAUUGCACGGGGAACAAAGGAGACUGGAUAGAGUGCAUUGUCCUACUAGUCUCCUUUCUGAACCAUUCCCUGCGCACUAAGAAAGUAUAUUUCUUUCAAAAAUGCACAGACAGCCAGCCCAAGUAGCCACUUUCGUGUGCUUUGUAUACCGAUGCCUCAUAAAAGCUUUUGUGUUAUCGUAAUAGUAGUAGUUUGUAUUUGUUCCUGCAUGGAAUGUGCAGUUUCUGCACCCAACUUUAAACUUGUCGCAAAAAUCAUUUGAUGUGCUGCAAUGCGUACGCUUCAGAAUGUUUUAUACCAAAGGCUUAGCAAUGUCAAAUGUCUUGCCACAUUUACCAGUGCAAUUGCAGAGAUUUUCUUGAAAGCUUCCAAGGGCAAGUGUAUUUUGUAUGCAAGAGCAACUGUAUAAUGGUCAUCUUUAUUAAGGCAGCCUGUCAAUAAUUACAAGCAAUACUUGUUCUUCUGGUGCUACAGUUCUAUGUGGCAUUUUUUUCACGAGGCAUCGUUUUCAGGGUUUCGUCGCCGUCCUAUUUACAACCGUGGAAAGUAAAAAAAAAAAGUGUCAAUAAAGAGUUCAGCGGCACA